AUGCGGAGUGUCGACUUACAGGAGUCUGACGCUUAUACGAUAUGGCACGGCUCCGCCACCUCUUCGGAUCACGAGAUCGUCCUCUCCACCAUCCGACAAUUGUACCGCGACUGGAGUGAGGAAGGCGCUGGUGAGCGAAAUGCAUGUCACCAGCCAGUCUUGCAGGAUCUCGCCUCCGAGUUCGCUUCUGUGCACGACAAGACCUCCGUUCGCGUGCUGGUGCCUGGCGCCGGCCUCUGCCGUCUCGUCCUCAAUAUCGCGGCAGCCGGAUACAUGACCGAGGGCAAUGAGAUCUCGUGCCACCAGCCCUUGGCCAGCCACUUCUUCCUUAGUUACAAGAUGAAUGCUUCGCACUUCCAGUUGUACCCUUGA